UGCUUACUUUCAACUAUAGUAUGUCACCUUGAGCGUGUCUACAUCUAAAAUAUCUAAAACCUGCAGGACAGGCCUGGAGUUCCCAAUCCGAUCGAAUCCAUAGACGCGGCAUCAAUCCGAGCGGAACUUUCUUGGACUAAAUGGCUCUCCGUACUGCUGUGAUGUCACCACCCUCCAGUAUUUAUAUGUUUUUUUUGGCGGGGUGCGCAAAUCUGCUCGGAAGUUCUGUUCAUUUUGUAAACACAAGUGACAAAAAAUGGAGCGUGUAAGGCUGAGUCGAGUCAAAGGUAGCAGACCAUCGGAGCAGUCGCUGCGAGUGCAAGACAGCAACAGGAUGAGCUUGAUGUAUACGACGCCUCAGAGUAAACAGCCUUCAUUUGGAAAGCUCAACAUACCAAAACCGCAGUCUGGGACCUCUGAAAGACGGACCAGUUUCUUUGGUCCGAGGACUAGUGGAGUCGGCAUGCCUCGCAACAGCACCAUGUCAGGGUUUGGAGGAACUGAGAAGAUAAAAGAUGCUCGACCUCUACACGAUAAGUCUUAUGUUCAGCAAUGCAUCAGGCAGCUGCACGAGUUCUUGACAGAGCAGGGUUACCCGGGCACUUUGUCAUCCAAGACCCUCCAGUCUCCAUCCACCAAGGAGUUUGUGAAGAUGUUUGAAUUCAUCUACUGCCAGCUAGACCCAACCUUUGAGAUGCCAAACUCAAAAGUUGAAGAGGAGGUUCCUGCUCUCUUUAAAACCUUGGGGUACCCAUUCGUUCUCUCCAAGUGUUCCAUGUAUUCUGUUGGAGCUCCCCAUACCUGGCCUCAGGCUCUGGGGGCUCUCAUGUGGCUUAUUGAUAAUGUCAAGAUCAACUGGAGUUUGAGCAAACAGGAGCUGCUGUUCAGUGACUUCAAUGAAGGCGAAAAUAUUGAAGAAGGUUCUGAGUUUAACAAGGUAGAGUUGAAGCUGGCAGAGUACCAAAAGCUGGCACGUAAACUGAAGCUGAUACCGAUUUCUGCAGAGAACGCCUGUGGUCACGAUUUCGAGAUCCGGCCUUUUGAAUACGGAGCCGGCAGCAUGGUUCAGUGUAAAACACAGAUACAGAUGCAACUAAGAAAGUUGGUUGGAGAUGUUGAGGAGGAGAACAGUCAAUUAACCAACGAGAAACUCAGUUUGGAGGAGUCUUGUGAACAGGUAAAUUCUAGCAUCACGGAUAAGACCAAUGAUCUGAAGCAGCUGAGAGAGCAGAUCCGCAAGCUAGACGAACGAUUGGAGGGAGAAAAGCAGGAGCUGGCCCGAGAAGAACAGGAAUGGGCGGCAGAGAUGGAGUCUGUGGAAAACCACCGUAAACUUCUCGAGAAGAAAGUUAAUUAUGGUUAUGACGAGUCUGUGCAGCAGCUGAAAGCAGCACAGCAACACAAUAUUUAUGCUGCAUAUUACUUUGUACCCUCACCGCUGUCUCCUGUGCUUCCUCUACAACAGAAAUGCCUGGAGGAUCUGCACAGCAGAGUGCAGCGGAUCUGCUCAAAGGCUGUUGAAGAAGACGAGGCUGCCAUUCAGAAGCUCCAGGAAACUCUUAAGGACUUCAUGUCCAAGGCAAAAAAUGUAUAAAGGUGGCAUGAAGAUGGCAAGCAGAGAUGAUUAUAAGUGUUUGGAUUUCCUGUUAUUUGUAUUUUCAGAGUGUUCAGAUCUUAGGACAACAGAGAAAUGGAGUUAUUCAUUUGGACUUGACGAACUUGACAAAGAAUAUAAAAUGGGUUAACACAUUUUUACAAAUUUGAAUGAUUAAAUAAAGAUUCCAAGUUAU